CGCGCGGACUUGAAGGGAGCGGCGGCAGCCUCUCGCUCCUGGCACCAUGGGCUGCACCCUGAGCGCCGAGGACAAGGCGGCGGUGGAGCGGAGUAAGAUGAUCGACCGGAACCUCCGCGAGGAUGGCGAGAAGGCGGCGCGCGAGGUCAAGCUGCUGCUGCUCGGUGCUGGUGAAUCUGGGAAAAGUACAAUUGUGAAGCAAAUGAAAAUUAUCCACGAAGCUGGUUAUUCGGAGGAGGAAUGUAAACAGUACAAAGCAGUCGUCUACAGCAACACCAUUCAGUCAAUUAUCGCUAUCAUUAGGGCCAUGGGGAGGUUGAAGAUAGACUUCGGUGACUCAGCUCGGGCUGAUGAUGCCCGCCAACUCUUCGUGCUUGCUGGAGCUGCUGAAGAAGGUUUUAUGACUGCAGAACUUGCUGGAGUUAUAAAGAGAUUGUGGAAAGACAGUGGCGUACAAGCCUGUUUCAACAGAUCCCGCGAGUACCAGCUUAAUGAUUCUGCAGCAUACUAUUUGAAUGACUUGGACAGAAUAGCACAACCAAAUUACAUCCCAACUCAGCAAGAUGUUCUCAGAACCAGGGUGAAAACUACAGGAAUUGUUGAAACCCAUUUUACUUUCAAAGAUCUCCACUUUAAGAUGUUUGAUGUGGGAGGACAGAGAUCUGAGCGGAAGAAAUGGAUUCAUUGCUUUGAAGGUGUGACCGCCAUCAUUUUCUGUGUAGCGUUGAGUGACUAUGACCUCGUCCUGGCUGAAGAUGAAGAAAUGAACCGAAUGCAUGAAAGCAUGAAGUUGUUUGACAGCAUAUGUAACAACAAAUGGUUUACAGAUACAUCUAUUAUACUUUUUCUAAACAAGAAGGAUCUCUUCGAAGAAAAAAUCAAAAAGAGCCCUCUCACUAUAUGCUAUCCGGAAUAUGCAGGCUCAAACACAUAUGAAGAGGCAGCUGCAUAUAUUCAGUGUCAGUUUGAAGACCUCAAUAAAAGAAAGGACACAAAGGAAAUAUACACCCACUUCACAUGUGCCACAGACACUAAGAAUGUGCAGUUUGUUUUUGAUGCCGUAACAGAUGUCAUCAUAAAAAAUAAUCUAAAAGAUUGUGGUCUCUUCUGAGUUUUGCAGUUAAUGGUAAAAUGCAUUUCCAAACCAAAUGAGUACUUAUAUGUGGAUCUCUCUAGACUAGAGUCUUGUAGCAACACAGAAUGUAGCAUAUGGAUAAUGUGUCUGGGACCUGACCAAAGUUGUUCUGUUUCGUUUUCUUUGACUGAAAGUAACAGAAAGACCUUUUCUUAAAUGUGAGAGGAGGUCCAGCAGUGUGAAACCAAGGACAGUGUUAAAGCUAGACUCUAGUGUAUUGAUGAUUUCUGCGUAAGUGUAAAUAUGCAAAUGUAUGUAUACAUGUAUUUAUAACUUUACUUUUUCACAUUACUUUUAGGUUUUAAGAGUGGCAACUGACAAUUCCAGUGUGAUGGCUUUGGAAAUAACAGAUAUAUUAAGUACUUUGUACUGAAGGACAGAUUAUUACUGCGUGUGCCAGUUUCAAACAGCUUUAUUUAUGUUCAUGGUCCUGUAAAUUUUUAAGUACAUUCAUUAAUAUUAGGACACAUUGCAGCCCUUAUCUUGAUUAUAUGUAUACUUGUAAUCAUAAAAAUGUUAUUUGUACAAACAUGGCACAGAUUAUUUUAAUAACAUGAUUUGUUCUUUCAAUUUAAUGUUCUUAAAGAUUGAAUAUCCCUGCCUUUGAAUCAGUUAUUUAAACAUUGUGUGCAUUUCAUGUUUUCUUUUAAGAGUGCAUGUUGAUCUGAUUCUACAUUAGAUUUGGUAUAAACUAAAUUUUCUUAUUUUGAGGAUAUACUGUCUUAGACUUAUUAUACUUAAUUUUUAUUCAGUUGGUUUGUUUUCACUUUGAAUUUUAAUAUUUGGAUGGUAUUCAUGCAUUUCCUUAAAGGUGAUGCCAGAUUAAUUUUUAUAUACUUAAGUAACUACCUUUUUAUUUAUAACUAUGUUUAGGUGGAUGGUGAGAGAUUUUAGGGGUAAAAUAUAUGUCAGCAUAAUGAAUUUUGAGACAUUCAUUUGUGUAUUUCCUUUGGGAAAUCCCUCGUACCCAGCAUAUAUGAUAGCUCUUUGUUUGGAAGUUAACAAGAAAGACCUUUACUCUGCUGCUGAUAUAAUGCAAGCUUUUAAUUUGUAUAAGUAACUAGCCUCAAAUUUAAUUAUCACACUAUAUUGUUACUUUUUUCUCUUACAUUAUUCAAAUUUCCUCCACUUUCUUGAGUUUAAAUUUCUUUUAAAAUUGUGCUAUUUCUGAGAGUGAAACAGGCAAUUACACUUAGAAAAUUAGUAAUAGUAUUUAAUAAAGUCAGUGAUUGCUAUGAAUGCUCAAAUAAGUGUUACAUAUCGACUAGAUGCUGAACUUUGAUAGUCAUUUUUCUUUUGAUUAUUCACAAUGUGUCUUGCGGCCUCGUUUAAUCAAAAUUCCUCACCCUACUUGCUUUUUUUUUACUCAUCUUGAAAAAGUUAGCCUUUCAGUAAGUUUUGUGGGUAAGUAGUUUUUAAGUUUAGCUAUGUGCUGUCAUUUGUUGGAUUUUGUUGAAGUGUAUUUGUUGAAGUAUGCGUAUAUGUGUGGGUCGGUAACCACAAACUACAUUUAUAUCUGUUUCAUUUGGGGGAUUUUGUUGUUUUUUUGUAAUGUAAAGAAACGCAAAAUUAUCAAAAUUUCUUAAAUGUGUUAGUUUAGAUUCUUUAUGUGCCUUUCCUGAAAGAUAUGUUUUCAUUAAUUUUACCAAUGGGAGACCUGUAAUAUCCAUAUUAUAAAGGUAUGUAUGAAAUUCAACUAUACUAUGAAUAAAUUUGGAUCAUGAGAAAUACGGUUUUAAAAGCCACAAAGAAGCACAUACUGGUUAUCAUCAUUGAUGAAUUCCUGAACUUUAUUCUGUGUAAUUGUGUUACUAAUAAAUACUAAUAAAUUUAAAUUUUUAAAAUUUUACAAAC